CUCCCUCCCGCCUUUACCAUUCAACUUCUCCCAUUAAUCAAUAUAUUUGCAAAUACAAAAUGACAAACGGUGCCGUAGAGCUCGAUUUCUUUGGCAUGGAGAAAUUAGAUUCCUCUUCUAAGCCUUGUUUCCCGACAUUCAACCGCCAGAGAAGCUUUCGAGAUAUUCAAAGCGCCAUUUCAAAAAUUAACCCUGAGAUUUUGAAGUCCGUGAUUGCUUCUGGUUCUGCUAAUCAGAAAAAUACUGAAAACGGAAAUCAGAUUAAGGAAGAAAAUCUCGUUUUGCCUGUUUUUUCUCCUUUGCCGAGGUCUGUAAUGGAGAAUCCUGUUCAAACUGCUCCUCUGACCAUCUUUUACAACGGAGCUGUUGCGGUUUUUGACCUUGCUCCAGAUAAGGCUGAGACAAUCUUCAAAAUCGCUGAGAACGGGAAACAGCCACCGCCACCGGAGUCUAACGGAGAUCUGCCUAUUGCGAGGGCAAAAUCACUGCAGAGAUUUUUAGAGAGACGCAGAGAAAGGUUGAUUUCAGCAUCAUCCCCAUAUGGCCGUACUACCGAGUCUCGUAUAUAGACAAGAAACCCAGCAUAUAUAGCUAUAGAAGACUGUUUCCUUCGAUAUGAAGUUGGAGUUUGGUUUCUUUCCAAUGUGAUUUUUCUCGUUUUUAACGAGUUUAAUGUCUUUACUAAACAAGUUUGGGUUGGUGAAGUCCUUUUUUUUGCCUUUGGUAGUAGUCACGUUUAGUUGUCUAGGCUUUAAUAUAUAUAUUGUUUUGUUUGCUUCGUUGCAGUUUCCUAUGGUCUAUCAUUUGAUGCCAUUAUUUUAUCUGCAACAUUUUAAGCACAUGGUUACUAACCUAUCCCUCCAACCCUUCGUUACUUGUUAUAAUAUUAUGUUUAUUUUUCUUAAUUUUUUAUGGAACGGAAUCAUAUCUAUUUUUCCUUAA